ACGAGGGCGCCCGAAGCGCGGAAUCCGGUCGUGCCCGGAACGUCAAAAGUCCGAAGCGGAACGAGUGGAGCGAGUUCGCGAGUGAAUUAUACCUUCUGAUUGCCGUUUUUUUUCGCGUAUUUUAUUUCGACGAGAGGACCUCCGUCGUCGCACGCUCGACGACCUGUCAGCUGUCACCUGUCAAAGAAACGUCACUCGUAUCGAUCCUCGGCGGCGAAAUUGAUCCUGCCACACCCCGCAGUGGCCAUUUUGGUGGAAGUCGGUGGGCUACGUGGAUCGGCCAGCCAUGGACCAGAUCACGCCUAAGGAGGUAAAGAUCCUCGAGAAUCCGGAGGACAUCCAGGAGAGACGAGACCAGGUGCUGGGGCGGUACGCCAACUUCAAGUCCGAAGCGCGCAAUAAACGGGACAAGCUCGAGGACUCCCGUCGCUUUCAAUACUUUAAGCGAGAUGCGGACGAACUCGAGGGAUGGAUCUACGAGAAACUCCAGGCGGCUUCGGACGAGAGUUACAAGGAUCCGACUAAUCUGCAGGCGAAGAUUCAGAAGCACCAGGCCUUCGAGGCGGAAGUCGCUGCUCAUUCGAAUGCCAUCGUGUUGCUCGAUAACACCGGUUCUGAAAUGAUAGCUCAGCAUCAUUUUGCUAGCGAUGUAAUUCGCAAGAGAUUAGAGGAACUGCAUCGCUUGUGGGAGUUGCUGUUGUCCCGCUUGGCUGACAAGGGUCUGAAGUUACAGCAGGCUUUAGUUCUUGUACAGUUCAUUCGCCACUGCGAUGAAGUGAUGUUCUGGAUCCACGAUAAGGAGGCUUUUGUAACGACCGAUGAAUUUGGACACGACUUGGAGCACGUGGAGGUGCUUCAAAGGAAAUUCGAUGAAUUCCAAAAGGACAUGGCCAGCCAGGAGUACAGGGUUACAGAGGUGAACGAGCUGGCGGACAAGCUGCUGUUAGAUGGACAUCCUGAACGUGACACCAUUCUGCGCAGGAAGGAGGAGCUCAACGAAUCCUGGCAGAAACUGAAACAACUGGCCACUCUGCGACAGGAGAAGCUCUUCGGGGCUCACGAGAUUCAGAGAUUCAAUCGCGAUGCAGAUGAGACCAUGGCUUGGAUCGCGGAGAAGGACGUUGUACUGUCAUCUGAUGAUUUUGGUCGAGAUCUCGCCAGUGUCCAGACGUUACAACGAAAGCACGAAGGUAUCGAACGCGAUUUGGCGGCUCUGGAAGACAAAGUAUACACACUAGGCGGGGAAGCCGAUCGUCUCGCCGGCAUUCACGAAGCCGACCACUCCAAGCAGAUUCAAGCUAAACGCGCCGAGAUCUUGCAAUCGUGGGAGAGCCUGACAGCGAAGGCGAAAGAACGACGUCUCAAACUCAACGAAUCCUAUUAUCUGCAUCGGUUCUUAGCCGACUAUCGCGACUUGGUGUCGUGGAUGAACGAUAUGCGCGCCAUCAUUUCCGCGGACGAGUUAGCUAAAGAUGUAGCGGGCGCCGAGGCUUUGGUCGACAGACACCAGGAACACAAGGGAGAAAUCGACGCUAGGGCCGACAGCUUCGACGCGACCACUCUGGCUGGUAAUAAGCUGUUGGAGAAGCAGCAUUACGCCGCUGAGGAAGUGGCGCGGAAAUUAAACUCCCUCGCCGACGACAAGUCGUCUCUCUUGAGUCUAUGGGAGAAGAGACGUAUCUUGUACGAGCAAUGCGUGGACUUGCAGCUGUUCUACCGUGAUACCGAGCAAGCGGACGCGUGGAUGGCGAAGCAGGAAGCUUUUCUCGCCAACGAGGAUCUAGGAGAUUCCCUUGACAGCGUAGAGGCGCUCAUUAAGAAACACGAGGACUUUGACAAAUCUUUGGCAGCUCAGGAGGAGAAGAUCAAAGUGCUCGAUGAUUUCGCAGGAAAGUUAAUCGAGGGCGAGCAUUACGCCGCGGACGAUGUGGCGCAACGACGACAGUUGCUGCUGGAGAGAAGAGCGAUUCUCCUUGAGAAAUCAGCUCAAAGGCGCCGUCGUCUGGAGGAUGCGUACAAGCUACAACAGUUCGAGAGGGACUGCGACGAGACCAAGGGCUGGGUUAACGAGAAACUCAAGUUCGCCACCGACGACAGUUACUUGGAUCCGACAAAUUUGAACGGCAAGGUUCAGAAGCAUCAGAACUUCGAGCAGGAACUGAACGCGAACAAGACGCGCAUGGAAGAAAUGGUGGCUACCGGCCAAGAAUUGAUCGAGAGCGGACAUUACGCCAGCGAUCGCAUACGCACCCGGACCGACGAGAUCGUGACCUUGUGGGAGAGCUUGGCGCGGGCCACCGAGAAGAAAGGCGCCAAGUUGCAGGAGGCUUCCCAGCAGCAGCAGUUCAACCGAACGGUAGAGGACAUCGAGCUGUGGCUCUCGGAGGUGGAAGGGCAGCUCAUGUCGGAAGAUUACGGCAAGGAUCUGACCAGCGUUCAGAACCUGCAGAAGAAACACGCGCUCCUAGAAGCCGACGUGGGCUCCCACGCCGACAGGAUAGACGGUAUCACUCAAGCGGCCGAGCAGUUUGUUAGUUCGGGCCACUUUGACGCCGACAACAUCAGAUCCAAGCAGGAGCAGCUGCAAGGCAGAUACAGCGCCCUGCAACGUCCCAUGAGCAUGAGGAAGCAACGACUUCUGGACUCCCUCCAGGUGCAACAGCUAUUCAGGGACAUUGAGGACGAGGAGGCGUGGAUUCGCGAGAAGGAACCGGUCGCGGCGUCCACCAAUCGCGGCCGCGACCUGAUCGGUGUGCAAAAUCUUCAGAAGAAGCACCAAGCCGUUCUAGCCGAGAUCAAUAAUCACGAGCCGAGGGUGGCCGCGGUGUGCCAGGCGGGCUCGACGAUGCUGCAAGAGGGCCACUUCGCCGCUGAGGAGAUCAAUCAGCGAUUGGCGGCCUUGGACGAGCACUGGGGACAGCUGAAGGACAAGGCUCGGCAGCGCAAGAACGACCUUGACGAUUCAUUGCAGGCGCAUCAGUACUUCGCCGACGCAAACGAGGCUGAAUCGUGGAUGAAGGAGAAGCGUCCUAUAGUGAUGAAUGGCGAUUACGGCAAGGACGAGGAUAGCUCCGAGGCUCUUCUGAAGAAGCACGAGGCCUUGGUCAGCGAUUUGGAAGCGUUCGCUAGCACCAUCGCGGGGCUGAGAGAUCAAGCUGCCGCUUGCAGACAGCAGGAGACCCCCACCGUCGACAUCACCGGCAAGGAAUGCGUCGUCGCUCUUUACGAUUACACCGAGAAAUCUCCUAGGGAGGUGUCCAUGAAGAAGGGCGACACCCUCACUCUUCUCAACUCCAACAACAAGGAUUGGUGGAAGGUCGAGGUGAACGAUCGUCAAGGUUUCGUACCAGCGGCGUACGUGAAGCGCGUGGAACCCGAAGCGGGUCUCAGCGCGUCUCAGCAAAACCUGGCCAGAGAGCAGAGCUCGAUCGCCGCGCGACAAGCGCAGAUUCAAGGGCAGUACGACGAUCUUCUGCGUCUGGCGCGUGAACGUCAGAACAAACUCAACGAAACAGCCAAGGCUUACGUGCUGGUGAGAGAGGCCGCGGAGUUGGCCACUUGGAUCAAGGACAAGGAGAAUCACGCGCAGGUGCAGGACGUGGGCGAGGACCUGGAACAGGUGGAGGUGAUGCAGAAGAAGUUCGACGACUUCCAAGCAGACCUCAAAGCGAACGAGGUGCGUCUGGCCGAGAUGAAUGAAAUCGCCGUGCAGCUGAUGAGCCUCGGGCAGACCGAGGCGGCGCUGAAGAUCCAGACGCAGAUCCAGGAUCUGAACGAGAAGUGGACCAGUCUGCAGACCCUCACCGCGGAACGCGCCAAUCAACUAGGUUCCGCUCAUGAGGUGCAACGCUUCCAUCGCGACGUCGACGAGACCAAAGAUUGGAUUCGUGAAAAGGACGCGGCGCUGAACAACGACGAUCUCGGCAAGGACUUGCGCAGCGUUCAGGCUUUGCAGCGUAAGCACGAAGGUCUGGAGAGGGAUCUGGCGGCUUUGGGAGACAAGAUUAAGCAGCUCGACGAGACUGCCAAUCGCCUAAUGCAGUCGCAUCCGGAGACCGCCGAACAGACGUACGCCAAGCAGAAGGAGAUCAACGAGGAAUGGACUCAAUUAACAGCCAAAGCCAACAGCAGAAAGGAGAAGCUUCUCGACUCGUAUGAUCUGCAACGAUUCCUCAGCGAUUAUCGCGACCUGAUGGCCUGGAUCAAUUCGAUGAUGGGCCUGGUCGCUUCCGAGGAACUAGCGUCGGACGUCACCGGUGCCGAGGCGUUGCUCGAACGUCACCAGAAUCACAGAGCAGAGAUAGACGCGCGAUACGGCGUACUUCCAGAGGAGCACCGAAUGGAGAUAGACGCCAGAGCGGGAACCUUCCAGGCGUUCGAAUUGUUCGGCCAACAGCUGCUGCAAUCCAGCCACUACGCCAGCGUGGAGAUCUUGGAGAAGCUUGAGUCCAUGGCCGAGGCGCGACAGGAGCUGGAGAAGGCCUGGAUCCAACGGCGCAUGCAGCUGGAUCAGAACCUCGAGCUGCAGUUGUUCUGCAGGGAUUGCGAGCAGGCGGAGAACUGGAUGAGCGCGCGAGAGGCCUUCCUCAGCAGCGCGGACGCGGUGGACAGCAGCGACAACGUCGAGGCCCUCAUUAAGAAGCACGAGGACUUCGACAAGGCGAUCAAUGCGCACGAGGAGAAGAUCGCCACCUUGCAGACUCUGGCUGAUCAGCUGAUCGCAGCCGAGCAUUACGCCGCAAAGCCGAUCGACGAGAGACGGUGCCAGGUGCUGGAUCGUUGGCGGCAUCUGAAGGACGCUCUUAUCGAGAAGCGCUCGAAGCUGGGCGAGUCGCAGACCCUGCAACAGUUCUCCCGCGACGCCGACGAGAUGGAAAACUGGAUCGCCGAGAAACUUCAACUGGCCACCGAGGAGAAUUAUAAGGAUCCCGCCAAUAUCCAGUCCAAGCAUCAGAAGCAUCAAGCCUUCGAGGCCGAAUUGGCCGCGAACGCGGACCGAAUCCAAUCAGUCCUCGCUAUGGGAGGUAAUCUGAUCGAGAAGCAUCAGUGCGCCGGCUCGGAGGACGCGGUUCAGAAGAGAUUGGCGUCCAUCGCCGAUCAGUGGGAAUAUCUUACGCAGAAGACGACAGAAAAGUCGAUGAAGUUGAAGGAAGCUAAUAAGCAGCGCACUUACAUCGCCGCUGUGAAAGAUCUCGAUUUCUGGCUCGGAGAGGUCGAGAGUUUGCUCACGUCCGAAGACGCCGGCAAAGACCUGGCCUCGGUGCAGAAUCUGAUGAAGAAGCAUCAACUCGUCGAGGCGGACAUACAGGCCCACGAAGAGAGGAUCAAAGAUAUGAACUCGCAAGCGGACUCGUUGAUUGAGAGCGGCCAAUUCGAUGCCGCUGGUAUUCAGGAGAAACGACAGAGCAUAAACGAGCGUUACGAACGAAUCAGAAAUCUAGCCGCGCAUAGACAGGCAAGACUCAACGAGGCCAACACUCUUCAUCAAUUCUUCCGCGAUAUCGCCGAUGAAGAAUCUUGGAUCAAGGAGAAGAAACUUCUCGUUGGUUCGGACGACUACGGCCGCGAUCUUACCGGCGUGCAGAACUUGAGAAAGAAGCACAAGAGAUUGGAAGCUGAACUAGGUAGCCACGAACCGGCUAUACAAGCAGUUCAAGAAGCGGGAGAGAAGCUGAUGGACGUCUCCAAUCUUGGAGUGCCCGAAAUCGAGCAGCGUUUGAAGCUUCUCAAUCAGGCGUGGGCCGAACUGAAGCAAUUGGCUGCCACUAGAGGACAAAAGCUGGAUGAAUCUUUAACGUAUCAGCAGUUCCUCGCCAAAGUCGAAGAGGAGGAAGCGUGGAUCACGGAGAAGCAACAAUUACUCUCCGUCGAGGAUUACGGCGACACGAUGGCCGCUGUUCAAGGUCUCUUAAAGAAGCACGAUGCGUUCGAGACUGAUUUCGCGGCUCACGGUGAACGUUGCAAGGAUAUCUGCGAGGCUGGCGAGACCUUGAUCAAGGCUGGCAAUCAUCGGGCGGACGCUAUUGGUCAGAGAUGCGCGCAACUGCGCAACAAACUGGAGCAACUCGGGGCUCUCGCCGCCCGCAGGAAGACGCGAUUGAACGACAACUCGGCGUACUUGCAAUUCAUGUGGAAGGCCGAUGUGGUCGAGUCCUGGAUCGCCGACAAGGAGACCCACGUGCGCUCCGAAGAGUUUGGCCGAGAUCUGUCCACCGUGCAAACUCUGCUCACCAAGCAGGAGACUUUCGACGCCGGUCUCCACGCGUUCGAGCACGAGGGCAUCCAGAAUAUCACCUCAUUGAAGGAGAUGCUUGUAGAUUCCGGCCACGAUCAGACGCCCAGUAUACAGAAGCGUCACGCCGACGUGAUUACUCGUUGGCAAAAGCUGUUGGCCGAUUCGGACGCGAGAAAGCAACGUCUGCUGAGAAUGCAAGAUCAGUUUAGGCAGAUCGAGGAGCUGUAUCUGACAUUCGCGAAGAAGGCGUCCGCUUUUAACUCUUGGUUCGAGAACGCCGAGGAGGAUCUGACGGAUCCCGUGCGUUGCAACAGUAUCGAGGAGAUUCGCGCUCUUCGCGAGGCACACGCACAGUUCCAAGCCAGUUUGUCCUCGGCUGAGGCCGACUUCCAAGCCCUGGCCGCACUCGACAGGCAAAUCAAGAGCUUCAACGUCGGGCCCAAUCCGUACACGUGGUUCACGAUGGAGGCCUUGGAGGAUACUUGGCGUAACUUGCAGAAGAUAAUUAAGGAGCGCGACGUUGAACUCGCCAAGGAAGCGCAGCGGCAGGAAGAGAAUGAUAAAUUACGCAAGGAAUUCGCCAAGCACGCCAAUGCCUUCCAUCAAUGGCUCGCGGAAACAAGAACAUCCAUGAUGGAAGGCUCUGGAUCUUUAGAACAGCAACUGGAAGCUACCAAGCGAAAAACUCAAGAAGUGCGCGCACGUCGUCAAGACCUGAAAAAGAUCGAAGAUCUGGGAGCUAUUCUAGAGGAGCAUCUAAUCUUAGACAAUCGUUACACGGAGCAUAGUACCGUGGGAUUGGCACAGCAAUGGGACCAGCUGGAUCAACUGGGAAUGCGAAUGCAGCACAAUUUGGAGCAGCAGAUUCAAGCCCGAAAUCAAUCCGGUGUAUCUGAAGACGCGCUCAAAGAAUUUUCCAUGAUGUUCAAGCACUUUGACAAGGACAAGAGCGGCCGUCUAAAUCAUCAAGAAUUCAAAUCGUGCCUGAGAGCUUUGGGUUACGAUCUACCCAUGAUGGAAGAAGGGCAACCUGAUCCAGAAUUCGAGAAUAUAUUAGACAUCGUUGAUCCUAAUAGAGAUGGCUACGUAUCACUGCAAGAAUAUAUGGCGUUUAUGAUCAGCAAGGAAACGGAGAACGUACAGAGUUCGGAGGAAAUCGAAAACGCUUUCCGAGCCAUCACCGCAGCAGAUCGGCCUUAUGUCACGAAAGAGGAAUUAUAUGCUAACCUCACAAAAGAAAUGGCCGAUUAUUGUGUCGCUCGUAUGAAACCUUAUGUAGAUCCCAAGUCGGAACGACCGAUAACGGCAGCGUUGGAUUAUAUAGAGUUUACACGCACCCUUUUCCAGAAUUAAUUAUGCAUUCAACUAUACGCGUGUUACAUUAAUAUUGUUCAAGCUUAUUAAAUUAUAACCGCGCAUAAACAGCGCAAAGCUGUUGCAUAUUUCUUUUUUUAAACUGCAUGACUAAAUAUUUAUAUAUUAAUCUAUAUAGAUUAUCUACAACGUUUGCAUAGAAAGAUUUGACUUUAUUUAGAUUUAGACCAAGGACUGGCUGAUAUAACGAAUAUGUCCUUAUAUUGUCGAUAGAAAGAAAAACAAUUUUUCUUCUAAACUUUUGAUAUAUGUAUAUGCAUUUAACGCCUGCAUUUUUAAAAAUAUAUUCAGAAUAUAUUAUACGAGCUUUAAAAUACUAAAUUUUAUUUGCAUAUCAGUCAGUUUUGGUUUGAUACUCUUUCCAUGUUAUUGUUCGAAAUAAAUGCAUUUAAUAUAUUA